GACCUUUAUUCUCUGCCUCAACCUCGAUAGUAAUGUGCGGAGUCAGCGCAGUGUCUCCCAGGGGUGAAGUCUGCGAUCGCCCACACUACACAUAGCAUACACUACACAUAGCACACACUACACACAGGACCGGGUGUAAAUAGCUGUGGAUUAUAUCCCAUUGACUGACUUUUCAGAGCUGCCAAAUGGAGUCAAAGCGGAGGCAGAGGAGGAGGAGGGAGGCUGAUGUGAGAGAGAGAAACUCGCUGAGCGGAGAGGCUGAGGAUUCGGGGCAGAGAGAGAAGCAGAGAGAAGACAACGGCUCCGUGGACAAGAUCAGUCACCUGGCCAACUGGCAGAGGCACAAGGAGGAUGUGAAGGUUAAAUUCCUGGAGCAGCUGCGAGGGCAGGUGAGCGAACUGCUGGACAGAGCGCUGGAGGAAUCCGUCCAGUCCUUCUCUCAGCGCAGCCCAGGGACCAAAUCCCCCAAGACAGGCCAGCGAGACAGGCUGGAGAGAUUAGGAGUCGAGAAAGAAAAGAUCUUCAUGAACAGAUGCUCAAUUCUGGAUGAACUGUUUGAGAUCCGUCACAUUAAGACCAUUUACCACAUGUUCAUCGCUGCCCUCGUGGUCUUCAUCAUCAGCACUGUGGCCGUGGAGUUCAUUGACCAGGGAAGGCUGCUGCUAGACUUUGACCUGCUGUUCUAUGUCUUUGGGAAGCUGCCCACGGCGAUGCUGGCCUGGCUGGGGAUGUUCCUCUACACACUGUUUGUGCCGUUUAAAGUCCUGAGCUGGUGGGGAGGCAGGUACCACAGCUCCCGGCUGCCGCGGCUCCACACACUGGCCUCGGGGGCGCUUCUGGCGACCACACACCUCUGUGUCCUCGGCCUCCUGCCCAUAAACGUAGUCAUUCACUACCAGCUGCCACCGGCGUCAAGGUUCAUCGUCAUCUUAGAGCAGAUUCGUUUUCUGAUGAAGUGUCACUCCUUCAUCCGGGAAAAUGUUCCCAAAGUCCUGAACGCCAAACUGAGGGACGGUGAGGAGCUGAAGUUGCCGGAGUUUUCGAGCUAUUUAUAUUUUUUAUUCUGCCCCACCCUCAUCUACCGCGAUUCUUACCCCAGAAACUCAAAGAUCAGAUGGAAAUACGUAUUACUGAACUUUUCUCAGGUACUGGGUUGCCUUCUCUAUGGCUAUUUUAUCCUGGUCAGACUCUGUAUCCCCGUCUUCACCAACAUGAGCAAAGAGCCGUUCAGUAUCAGGGUGCUCAUCCUCUCCAUAUUCCACGCCACCCUGCCAGGUAUGUUUCUGCUGUUCUUGGCAUUUUUCUCGUUCCUCCAUUGUUGGCUGAACGCCUUUGCUGAGAUGUUGCGGUUUGGAGACAGAAUGUUUUAUAAGGAUUGGUGGAAUUCCACAUCGUUUGCCAAUUACUACAGAACAUGGAAUGUUGUCGUUCACGAUUGGCUCUACAGCUACACCUACAGCGACUUCCUGUGGCUGACUGGGAAGCGAUGCCGUGUGGUGGCAAUGCUCUCGGUAUUCGGUCUGUCCGCUGUGGUCCAUGAAUACGUGCUGACGCUGUGUCUCGGCUACUUCUACCCCGUCAUGUUCUGCCUCUUCGCCAUCUUCGGGGUUCUUUUCAAUUUUAUUUUCAACGACAACAGAAAGAGUCCAGCCUGGAACGUGCUGAUGUGGGUUUUCCUGUUUAUUGGACAAGGCAUCCAGGUGUGUCUGUAUUGCCAGGAAUGGUACGCUCAGAUCCACUGCCCUGUCACACAGAGGACGUUCUGGGAGCUGGUGACUCCCCGCUCCUGGACUUGCCGGCCGAAAGCUUAACUUUCCGCAGUUCAGACAUCACAGUCAGUGAGAAGAUCAGCCGGAGAGAGCGAGGGAGAGGGAGUAUGUCCACGAUGUCUCCACGUGGCUACUCACUGCUCUGUGUCCGAGGAGAUUCCUGGAACCGGCUAUGAAGCCGGCAACAAGCAGAGAAAUGUCUUGUUCCUCCAUCAGGAACCUAAAGCAAUUGUUAAUAAGGCUGAAUUCACCCAAAGAAAAACAUUAAACCUGGUCCCUGAUCUCCGAGCUGUGUGUGGGUUUGUUCCUGGCACAGAUUUGCUGCCUUGUUUGGCUCCAUCAGUCUCUCCUCUGGGGUACGGGGAGCCAGUGGAGCCGG